UGGAUGGAAAGAGCAAAGUUCCCUUUAGUCUGGUAAUGUUUAACAGACUGGUCAAAGCUCCAAACCAAACAUGAGGAGAUACCAGCAUCGUCCAGACCGUUACUUACAGAGCCACUAGUGCAGCACCUGGACAUUUCUUUGAGAAAUCACACUCUGAAUCUACAACGUCAGCAUCGGCAAUGGCUUGACAGUUCCAUGGCAACGAUGGACAAUCUCAUGAUCUUGCUUUUGACAUACACGACUCAAGUGGAGCUUGUAAUGCACCUCGAACCCAGAACACUAACGUCUCUACGGGGGGACCAGGCCCAGUUCACCUGCAGCACUAACGAGGACUGGGAGGUCAUGUUGUGGUCCGUUCACAACGCCACCGUGUUGACCAUCUCUGCUAAGUACGGCAUCCUGUCCAAAAAGCCCAGCGUGACUGCAAAGAAUCUCUCCGUGGGACGAACGUCCAGGUGGGAGAUGGUUCUGGAGAGAUCCGAGCGCAACCACCAGGGGCUGCUGACCUGUGAGCUCCCAGAAAUCGGGAAAGAAGCAGCCACUCUGAUUGUACAAGAGCCGGGCACCAUGGGCAUCACGGGGGGCAACGUGUCGGCGGUGAGGGGGCAGCGGGUAGUCUUCGAGUGCCAGGCUACCGGAUGGUACCCAGAGCCCAGCCUGACAUGGCAGGUGAACAGCAGGAAGGUGGAUGAGGGUCAGUACAACGUCAGCGCUGGAGUUGCAGCCGAGGGGCUCUAUAACCGGACCAGUGCCCUCAGCAUGCAGGCGCUGGAGACGUCUCACGUGGAGUGUCUGGCCUCUGUGUCGGCCCUUCCAGCGCCCCUGGCCAGCCGUGUCCGCUUGACUGUUUUUGCAGAAGUGCUUGUGGAAGAGAAGGACCGCACGGCCCUCGUUGCAGUAGCGAUCUCAUCGUCCGCCAUGCUCCUGUUCCUGCUCCUCAGCCUCUGCAUUGUCCUCUGUUACAGACGGACGAGAAGAGCGAAGUCGGGUCAAGCUGAAGCAGCAAGGAUAGACGAAUCAGAGAGCAGAAGGAGCUCGGCUGCUGAGGUGACAGGGGGAAAGGUCAACCUGGGAUAUGCCGCAGAGGUCCUCACAGACAUCGGCCACCAUGACCUUCACGUGGAUGCUCACAGCCAAACAGACUUUCAGUCUGGCACUCACAAGGUCCCUGAUGUGGUGUCCUCCAGUGCCUUCUCAGAGCACAGUCCUGGUUUGGCCCACGUCAGCUUGGAGGGAGAGGAGGCGACGAACAUCCGAAGAGUCACCACGGUGUGAUUGUAGAGUUAUGAGAUGGUUAUGGUUAAGAUGUAUCGUACCGUUUUUAUCCUUUUUCAUCAUUAUCUUUGUCAAGAAGAUAUGUCUGGCCAUGUUUUAUCCUUUUUUGUAUUUUUUGUUGAUUAAUGUAAACUUACAGUGACUAUGUACACUAUAUUUAACACUUUAAAUCAGAUAUGUUUUUAUUAUAAAUUGGUGUAAAUCAGUAACUUCUUUACACAAUUUUUGUAUUUCCACAGCAACAAUAUCUUUUUUUACAUUCA